AUGGUGAAAGCUGCAUUAGCUCGUAACGUUGUUGGUAUCAUAGGGAAUGUUAUCUCGUUUGGAUUGUUCUUUUCACCAGCUCCAACUUUUUAUAACAUUAUAAAGAAGAAGGAUGUGGAGCAGUUCAAGCCUGAUCCAUACAUAGCUACCGUCUUGAAUUGUGCUUUUUGGGUAUUCUAUGGAAUGCCUUUUGUUCAUCCUGACAGCCUCUUGGUUGUUACCAUCAAUGGUGUUGGCCUUGUUUUCGAGUUCGUCUAUCUUACCAUCUUUUAUAUCUAUGCCAAGAAGGAAGGAAGGAAAAAGUUGGGACUGUAUCUUCUGAUUGAGGCAAUUUUAUUUGGUGCCAUUGUUCUUAUAACAAUAUUAGCACUACAUGGCACUACCAAAAGGUCAUUAAUUGUUGGUAUUCUCUGUGAUGUGUUCAACAUAGCUAUGUAUGUCUCUCCUCUUACUGUCAUGGCAAUGGUGAUUAAAACAAAGAGUGUGAAAUACAUGCCAUUCUGGCUUUCUGUAGCCAAUUUCCUCAAUGGUUGCUGCUGGACAACAUAUGCUCUCAUUCACCCUUUUGACAUUUAUGUCUUGGUCAGCAAUGGUAUUGGAGCAAUUUCUGGAUUUGUUCAGCUCUUACUAUAUGCUUAUUACUAUUUCUGGGGAGAAAAUAAUGAUGUUGAUGCUAAUAAUGUUCCAAAGCCAACUAUAGCUGAAGUUUAA